AUGGAGAUCCCGAGGCAGGCAUCACUGUUCGUCCUCCUCCGCCUGGCGUUCGAGGAGCUGUUUGGAAAUGGCCGCAUUCCCCCGUCCCCACUCCUCAAAGCGCUCCUGAGCAGGGGGUUGGGGUACUGCAUCCUCCUGGGAUCCACUGUCGUCAAGGUGCCGCAACUGAUCAAUGUCGUGCGUGCACGCAGCGCUGCUGGCCUCAGCUCCCUAUCGGUCGAGCUGGAGACGCUGGGGUACGCCAUCUCCGCCAGCUAUGGCCUCCUCAAGCAGCUGCCCUUCAGUGCCUACGGCGAGACCAUGGCCAUGCUGCUCCAGAACGCCCUACUCCUCGUUCUCAUCUACCACUACCAGCGCAAGUCUGCCGCGCGCACGCUGUGCCUCCUCCUGGCCCUGGCGGGGUGGGCGGCGGCCCUGACCGCGGGCGCGCUGCCCUUUGACAAGGUGGCCCUCGCCCUGAGCUUCAACAACCUGCUCUUCAUGGCCUCCCGCGUGCCCCAGAUCGUGCAGAGCGCGCAGGCGGGCAGCACGGGGCAGCUGUCCAGCAUCACCUACACCCUCAACGUGGCUGGGGCGGGGGCCCGCAUCUUCACCUCCAUUCACGAGAAGGCGGGUCCCGCCAUGCUGCAGGGAGCGAUCCUGGGCACACUGCUGAACGCAAUUGUGCUGGCCCAGAUCCUUGUAUACGGCAGGAGGGCAGCCAAGGGCAAGACCGAAUGA